UAAAAAAAAAAGUUUCUGACAUUUGCUUGAUUUCCUGUCUUUGUUGCAUGCAUGUGUGCAAAAAUAAACAUUUCAGUAUUUUAGAAACAUUUUUGGGGAUAAAUGUUGAGUAAUAUUUGCCAAUAUUUGCUGGAGAAUUGUGCUGCCAUGCCAAGUAGAGGGCAGCCUAAAUCCUAAAAAUCAAGUGAGAGUUUUAGAUCUUUGUAAAAAUGUGGUGUCUUCACAAAAUGUACAAUUAAAGAUGGUAGAUUUAAAAAGAUGAUUGCUGUCUGUUAAUAUUUUGCAUUCGCCUUUGUUUUAUGGAUUCACUCUCAUUACAAGGACAUUUUACACUGUUGAUUUACUGUUUUUGUAAAUUGAUUGAUUUAAUCUUGACAAAGUUACCAAACUGACAUUAAAAGGAUCAUUUGUUACAAAUCACAUUCUGACACAAACUCUUCUGUGCUUAGUUUUUGUUCAUUUUUAGCCAUGCCAAAUGUUAAUGUUUGAUUACUAUCAAUUUUAAACCCCAAUCUUAGCUUAAAAAAAUCAUAGACCCACAGACUGAAGGCUACUUUGAGUGAAAACAUGUGAAAAGAUCCCCUGUAAUCAGUAUUAUAAACUACUAUAUUUAAGGUUUUAACAGCAUUAAGAACAUAUGGUUAAAUCACAAUGCACAGUUACUGCAUUGACUCACUGUUUCCAAUGUUCAGUGUUAUCACUUAAUUAUCCAGAUCAGCACUAAAAUAAAGUUACUUCAUUAAAUCUGAUGCUGAAAAUUAUUAGUUGGGUUAGUUUACUUAAUACUUUAGAACUAAGGCCCCACUCCUAGUUGGGAUUGACAUAAAUUUGGUAUCUUCCAAAAGCGCUGCACUCAUAAAGCCUCAACUGCAUUAGAACUACAAAGACCAGACUACAAAACAGCCUAGCUAACCCCCUACUGUGCGCGCGGCCAACCCAGCGCCGGUCGACGCUGCAACUCCUAAUAUGGGCACAACACACCAAGAGUUACCGCCUACAUGUAAAAUACGCCUUUUCUAUUGGUCGAGCCUUACGUCGGUCGUGCACGUUCUGAUAGGAUGUUGCUGUGGCUUGCAGAGAACUGUGAACGAGCCGUAACUUCCACAUUCAUACCGGAUUUUUAAUCCCACAGCGGUUUUUUUUUCUGCUGCUAGUUCUUCGGAUGUCCAAGUACAAACUCGUUCUUCUGAGGCAUGGCGAGGGGGCCUGGAACAAGGAGAACCGGUUCUGCAGCUGGGUGGACCAGAAGCUGAGCGCAGAUGGGGUGAAGGAGGCCCAGGACUGCGGCCGGCUCCUGAAGGAGCAGGGUUACAGGUUUGACAUUGUGUUCACCUCCAUCCUGAGCCGCUCCAUCCAGACGGCGUGGCUGGUCCUGGAGGCUAUGGGCCAGGAGUGGGUCCCCGUCGUCAAGUCGUGGAGGCUUAACGAACGCCACUACGGAGCCCUGAUCGGACUCAACCGGGCAGAGAUGGCUCUGCAGCACGGCGAGGAGAAGGUGAAGCUGUGGCGAAGGAGCUUCGACGUCACUCCGCCCCCGAUCGACGAGUCCCACCCGUACUACCUGGAAAUCUACAACGACCGCAGGUAUACCACUUGUGACGUGCCAAAGGAGAACCUUCCCCGAGCUGAGAGCCUGAAGGAGGUUCUGGAAAGGCUGCUGCCGUACUGGAACAGCACUGUGGUCCCAGAAAUAAAGGAAGGGAAGACCGUGCUCGUUUCAGCUCAUGGGAACAGCUGCAGGGCCCUGCUGAAACACCUGGAAGGCGUGUCAGACGAGGAUAUAGCCAACGUGACUUUGCCCACAGGGAUCCCUGUGCUGCUUGAACUGGAUGAAAACCUCCGGCCCGUAAAACCUCGGCAGCUCCUGGGAGACCAGGCUAAGAUUCAGGCUGCCAUUAAAAAGGUGGAAGACCAGGGAAAAGCUAAACCGUCUACUUGAAUACAUCGAACUGUUUAUAAGACUGAACACGGCACUGCUCUGCUUGACUUGAAGAAGCUGUUAGACGGUGGUUGGUGAUAACCACAGUGGACUGGUGUGUUAUGUUUAAAUGAUAGGACUAGGUGUUUUGUGGAGCAGAGAGAUCGGACAGGUUCUCUUGAGACCAGGGAAGAGUUGUACCACGUUACAACACAGCACUGACCUGUGACCUCGCUUUUAUUUAAGUGAAUUACUCCUGCUUCCUGCUUGAAAUGUUGCCUCUUUAUAUUAUUUAUUCACUCAUGAACUUGACUGAUUUUUAGUAAAGUUAUAAAGCUAAGAAAUGUUUCUUAGCCCCUUUUUCCAAAGUAUUUGUGUUUGUUCAUCAAUUUUAUUAUUUAUUUAGAUAUUUAAACACAACUUUAGAUUUAAUUCUACUCCUUGUUUUACAACUUAUUUUGGAUUCUCAGGUUUUUAUUUUAUCAAUAGUUAAUAAGACUUAGCUCAAGUAAACUGUGACCCUGAUGUGUGGUUUAUAGCGGUGCAAUAACUCCAAAUGAACUGAGUGUGAAACUCAGUGGCUUACAAACACUUUGGCACAUUAACCAGCUUAUGUUCUGCACAUGAAGUGGGAAGAAUAAAAAUAAUGCUAAUCAAAUGACCCUAAAGAAAAAAAAAACCAGCUACCUUCCAGGUGGCUGAUGCUAGCACAGAUUUUAUUUUCUAACACUGAUGUGUUUUUUUUAUGUGAAGCUGUGGUUAAGACACGUUACAACCUGUAAGAGUUCUGGCAGAUGUGUUUAUUUUAUGUUGUCUUCAGGUUUGUUUGUUUCUUGUGUCGUGUGCUUCAUGUUGUUUCACAUAACUGUUGAGCUGUACACUGGUUUGUUUGGUCAAUAAAGGAAACAGACAAGUCAAGGAUA